GUUAUAUACACACUAGGAAUUCCAGCAGGCGCGGCCUUCGAGUCUCUGUGCGCCUAGCUUGCCAACGGCACGCCUGCGCAACGCAAAAGGCGUCUCUGCAAGCACUCAACGACGACGGCGAGGUGUGGGCGCGAGCGCCGCCCUUGCCAGCGCGGUACUGAGCAGUAGGCGAGUCGCCGCGCCGCCGCCGCGCGCAGCACGAUGGCCGGGAGAGAAGGCGCCAUCACGGUCUCGGACAAGGUCGAGUCCGGCGAGACCGACGGGCCCCAGGUGACCGUAGUGGUACAUCCGCUCGUGCUACUGUCGACGGUGGACCACUACACGCGAGUAGCAAAAGACACGAAGAAGCGCGUCGUUGGCGUGCUCUUAGGGACGAGGAGUAGAGGUAGCGUGGACGUGACGAACAGCUUCGCGGUACCGUUCGAGGAGGACGCGAAAAAUAACUCCAUAUGGUACCUCGACCACAACUACCUCGAGACCAUGUACCGCAUGUACAAGAAGGUCAACGCGCGCGAGAUCAUCGUCGGGUUUUACUCGACAGGUCCAAAGAUCAAGGAGAACGACAUUAAAAUUGACGAAUUAGUCCGAGCCUACUGCCCGCAGCCGGUCUUCGUGAUCAUCGACGUGCGGCCCGAGAACGAGGCCAUCCCGACGACGGCUUAUGUGAGUGUGGAAGAGGUCGAGAGCGAUUCGAAAGCCGCCCGCAAGGAAAUUAGGCGGACGUUCAAGCACGUCAGUAGCAUGAUCGGAGCUUACGAGGCCGAGGAGGUCGGUGUGGAGCAUUUGUUGCGAGAUGUCAACGACCCCACGGUGUCCACCUUAGCAUCGCAGAUCAAGCACAAGAUGACGGGUCUGACCGCGUUAAGGUCAAGACUGGCCGAGAUGAAGGCCUACCUCGAGGCCGUCGUGGCGGAAAAGAUCCCGGCGAAUAACCAGAUCUUGUACAACUGCCAGGCCAUAUUUAACCUGAUGCCGAACUUAAAUCAAGAUGCAUUGGUCGAGUCGAUGCUCGUGAAGACCAAUGAUUAUCAUUUGGCCGUCUACUGCGCAUCUCUGGUCCGAUGCAUCAUCGCGUUGCAUGAACUCGUGAACAACAAGAUCCAGAAUAAGAGAUUAGAGGAGGAGGAGGAGGCCAAGGCCGAGGAGUCGAAGAAAGACGACGAGAAAAAAGAGGAGGACAAGAAGGAGGGCUCGGACAAGGACAAGGAGGCCGAGGCGCCGGCCUCGGCGGCGAAGAAGCCCUAGUGGAUCCCCCUGUUGUUUUUCUCGGUAACUUAACAAACAGAACACACUAGUUC